AUGGCCUCGCAGAGGGCGGUGCGGCUGUGCCUGAGGAAGCCCACCCAUGCGGUGUGUGUGGUGGGAGCCGAGACCUAUGUGGAUGUUCGCAGCGAUGUGCCCAAGGGCGCCGAGAGCUUCAGGGUCUCUGGGAGCUCCGGGGUUCACAUCUUCAUUGUCUACGACCCAGCACGGGUGACGGUGCCCACAGACAAAGCCCACUGGCCCCUGGACACCCAUGUGGACCUGACUGUGUCCGUGGAAACAGCCAGUAAGGCCUUAGAUGAUCUCAAGGUGAAGGUCUCCUACUUUGGGCAGAGCGAGGACCGUGCCCUGGGCCAGAGUGUGCUCUACCUCACUGGCGUCGACAUCUCCCUGGAUGUUGACACAGCCCGCAAGGGCAAGGCAAAGCGGAGCCAAGGCGACAAGAAAACCUGGCACUGGGGCCCUGCGGGCUAUGGGGCCAUUCUGCUGGUGAACUGUGACCGGGAUGGUCUCAGUUCCAGGGGGCUCGACCUUGACAACAGCCAGCUGACGUCACUGGAUGACCUGAAGGACAUGUCCCCAAUGGUGCUGACCUGCGAUGGCCCUGACAAGCUCUUCGACAGCCACAAGCUGGUCCUGAACGUGCCGUUUUCUGAUUCCAGAAGAGUGGGCGUCUUCUGUGCUCGGGGUGGGAAUUCCCUCUCACACUACAAGCAGGUGCUGGGGCCCCGGCACCUGUCCUACGAAGUCGAGCGGCAGCCAGGGGAGCAGAAGAUCAACUUCUAUGUGGAGGGGCUCACCUUCCCCAACGCUGAUUUCUCGGGGCUGGUCUCUCUCAGCGUCAGCCUGGUGGACAUGGGGACCCUGCCCGAGGUGCCCAUCUUCACAGACACUGUGGCCUUCCGCAUGGCCCCCUGGAUCAUGACCCCCAACACCCAGCCCCCCCUGGAGCUGUAUGUGUGCAGCGUGAUAGACGCUCAUGGCUCAAAUGAGAAGUUUCUGAAGGACAUGUCUGACCUGGUGUCAAAAGCCAACUGCAAGCUGAUCAUCUGCCCUUGGGUCGAAAAUCGAAAUGAUCGCUGGAUCCAGGACGAGAUGGAAUUUGGCUACGUGGAGGCACCCCACAAAUCCUUCCCCGUGGUCUUUGACUCCCCCCGAGACAGGGGCCUGAAGGAGUUCCCCUAUAAGAGGAUCCUGGGCCCCGACUUUGGAUACGUAACCCAGGAAAUCCCUUUCGCUGGCGCCUCCGGCCUCGACUCCUUCGGCAACCUGGACGUCAGCCCACCGGUGACCGUGGGCGGCAAGGAGUACCCCCUGGGCCGGAUCCUCGUCGGCAGCAGCUUCCCCAAGUCAGGUGGGCGGCGAAUGGCCAAGGUGGUGCGUGACUUCCUGAAGGCCCAGCAGGUGCAGGCGCCCGUGGAGCUCUACUCUGACUGGCUCUCCGUGGGCCACGUGGAUGAAUUCCUGACCUUUGUGCCCACCUCCGACCAAAAGGGCUUCCGGCUGCUCCUGGCGAGCCCCAGCGCUUGCCUUAAACUGUUCCAAGAGAAGAAAGCGGAGGGCUACGGGAAGGCGGUCCAGUUUGAUGGGUUAGAGCAGCAGGUGAAGAGAAGCAUUAAUGAAAUGCUGGCCGACAGAAACCUCCAGAGCGACAGUCAGUUUGUGCAGAAAUGCAUCGACUGGAACCGGGAGGUGCUGAAGCGGGAGCUGGGCCUGACGGAGCGGGACAUUGUGGACAUCCCCCAGCUCUUCCACCUGAGGGGCCCCUACGCAGAAGCCUUCUUCCCCGACAUGGUGAACAUGGUGGUCUUAGGCAAGUACCUGGGCAUCCCCAAGCCCUACGGGCCCAUCAUCAACGGCCGCUGCUGCCUGGAGGAGAAGGUGCGGUCCCUGCUGGAGCCGCUGGGCCUCCACUGCGUCUUCAUCGACGACUACCUGUCCUACCACAAGCUGCUCGGGGAGAUCCACUGCGGGACCAACGUGCGCCGGCAGCCCUUCGCCUUCAAGUGGUGGCACAUGGUGCCCUGA